CUAUGGCUUCUACGUUCCCCCUUGUCGCGUUUGCUUGCAAGAACGUCGCUUAUUCUCCCAUGCUCACCUAGCUUUGCCGUUCGGUCGCGAGUGCAAGCGCGUCUUGCUCAGAUCCGCGUUUUCUGUGCUCGCGUUUUUCAAGGUUACCAAGCUGCAGAGAAUUAUACGGUGAGCGACGAUUCUACGGGGCGUGAGAGGAGUUCGCCCAGGUGUUAACGGCUCGCAAAAUCAUAGAAUCAUCAAAAGGAAUUGUCUAGCUGGUGGAUGACUUCCAUUUGAAGGGGUGUACUCAUGCUGCCUAUUUAUUUUGCAGCGGAAGGGCAUGUGAAGAAGCUGGUGUGCUGAAGCAACGUGCGCAGUUUUGAUUUUGGGAUUAGAAAUGGGUUGUUGGUGUUGGCCCGACAAGGAACCCCACAAUGAAUCUACUGAUCCGCACAGUCAUUACCUUCCUCACAAUGGAAACAUGGGUCACCAAGGUAUGUCGGGAUCCACUCCCGGCGAACAACCACAGAGGACUGGGCAGGGCCCUACCAGGGUUCAACCUAUUUCUGCUCCACAGUUGUCUCUCGAUGAAAUUAGAGACUGCACAGAUAAUUUUGGUCCAAAGUCUUUGAUCGGGGAAGGAUCAUACGCUAGGGUAUAUUAUGCAUCCCUUCCAGACCGCGUUGCUGCCAUCAAAAAAUUGGACGUAAGUUCCCAGCCGGAUUCGGAGUUUCUUUCGCAGGUGUCACUUGUUUCCAGACUCAAGCACGAGAACGUGGUUGAGCUGAUUGGAUACUGUCUGGAUGGGCAGCUGCGGGUGCUCGCUUACGAAUAUGCUACCAUGGGAUCUCUGCACGAUAUUCUCCACGGACGGAAAGGUGUGAAGGGUGCUCAGCCCGGGCCAGUGUUGGAUUGGAUGCAGCGAGUAAAAAUAGCAGUGGGAGCUGCCAGGGGUUUGGAAUAUCUACACGAGAAGGCACAGCCACCUAUUAUUCAUCGGGACAUCAAGUCGAGCAAUGUUUUGCUGUUUGAUUCGUAUGUGGCAAAGAUAGCCGACUUCAACUUGUCGAACCAGGCGCCCGACAUGGCUGCGCGUCUACACUCCACUCGUGUUCUUGGAACCUUCGGCUACCACGCACCGGAGUACGCAAUGACGGGCCAGUUAACUCAGAAGAGCGAUGUGUACAGCUUUGGCGUGGUACUUUUGGAGCUUUUGACAGGAAGGAAACCAGUGGAUCCUACGAUGCCCCGCGGGCAGCAGAGUCUUGUUACCUGGGCCACACCGAGGUUGAGUGAAGAUAAGGUGAAGCAGUGCGUGGAUCCAAAAUUGAGGUCGGAGUAUCCUCCAAAGGCUGUUGCCAAGAUGGCAGCUGUUGCGGCGUUGUGUGUCCAGUAUGAGCCAGAUUUUCGCCCCAAUAUGAGCAUUGUUGUGAAGGCACUGCAACCGUUGUUGUCAGCAAGACCUGCUCCUCAAGGAGGAGGGUAUCAAGGAGAAUGAGUGGUGUAGGCCGUAAUCACGUAGCCAGUCUGAAAUUUCUCUGUAUGAAUUAGUGAAGACCUCAAUUUUCAUGUGGGGUCUUUGGAUUGUUUUGUGUUAAGUUGCUUUCAGAUUCUAUUUAUUGUCAGCUCAUAAGAGACAGACUGUAGCAGGCUGUGCUGCUUCAGUUGGUGCAAGAAGCUUGAGGUAUGCCUUCUAGUGUCUUAUAUCUUAAGUGAUUUUGAUGUAGGUUUCACAGGGAAAAUUGUUUGGCUGAGAGAUGGUUUUUUGAAGCUAGUAUACACUGAGAUGUGCUGUGUGUGCAAUGGUUGGCCACUUGUCAUUUCUAUAAAUAUACUCUCUCUUUUUCCAUGCA